AUGGAAUUUUAAAUGUCAGCAGCAACUAGAGACCGUGUAGAGUCUGCAAAAUCAUAUAUAGAGAGAAAAUAUGCUAAAGCACUUUUAAUAGAAAGAUAAUUUAAAUAAAACUGGUAAUUACUAUAAUUAAAGAUGGAAUCUUUAUAAAUGAAUAUAGUGGAAAAGUAAAUGAUAGAAAGAGAAGUAAUGAAAUAAGAACUAUAAGUAAAUAGAAAAAAGCGUUAAAAAAUAACUACAAAUGAUUAUGAACCUUUAGCGAUAAUUGGGAGAGGAGCUUUUGGUGAAGUCCGAGUAUGUAGAGAAAAAAAAACAGGAUAAAUAGUAGCAAUAAAAAAGAUGAAGAAAUCAGAAAUGAUUUAAAAAAAUUAAUUAAGCCAUGUCCGUGCUGAAAGAGAUAUUUUAACAAAUAAAGAAAAUAAUUGGAUUGUUAAUUUAAUAUGUUCUUUUUAAGACUAAAGAUAUUUAUAUUUAGUUAUGGAAUUUUUAUAAGGAGGAGAUUUAAUGAAUUUGUUGAUUAAAAAAGAUAUUUUUACAGAAAGAGAAUCUCGUUUUUAUGCCAGUGAAUUGAUUUUAGCUAUAGAUUCAGUUCAUAAAAUGAAUUAUAUCCAUAGAGAUAUAAAGCCCGAUAAUAUUUUAAUUGGAAAAGACGGACAUAUAAAGCUAUCUGAUUUUGGGUUAUGUAAACAUUCAGUAAUAAUUUAUAUAUAGAAAAAGUAUUUAUUUUUUUAAAAAUAAAAAGCCGAAAUAAAUCUUUAUUACAGAUAAAUAUUUAUAAGAAUCUUCAUUGUAAAAACACUCUGGUUUUUUAAUAACGAAAAAAUAAGAAUAAUAUAAUCUUAGCAUUUUCUACAGUAGGAACUCCAGAUUAUAUAGCACCUGAAGUUUUUGAAUAAUAAGGAUAUACAGAGAUAGUUGAUUGGUGGAGUUUGGGGGCUAUAUUAUUUGAAAUGCUUUUGGGAUAUCCUCCUUUUUAUUCAGAACAUCCUUAAUAGACUCGCCAAAAUAUCAUUAAUUGGAGAAAAACAUUUAAUAUUCCUAAUGAAUCUGGUCUUUCUGAUAAUGCCAGGGACUUAAUUUAGAAAUUAAUAUAAGAUCAAAAAGUUAGAUUAGGUGUUAAUGGAGUUUAGGAAAUCUAAGCACAUCCUUUUUUUUAAGGAAUAGAUUGGUAAAAAUUAAAAUAAUAAAAAGCAGUUUAUAUUCCUAAAGUAAAUGAUUAGCUUGACUUUUCAAAUUUCGAUGAUUAUUAAGAAAAAGAGCCAUGGAUAAACCCAGAAAAUAAAAAAAUUGGACAAAAAAAUAGACUUAUUAAUUAAAAUUUUAUCGGAUAUACUUAUAAAUAAGAUUUUGAAAAUAUUAAAAGCCCUAUUUGUAAAAUUCUUGAUGAUUUCGAUGUCAGAAUU